UCAACGAAUGCGUCGUGACGUAACUCUGACGUCGAGGACGGACGGAAGCGAUGCAGCUCGCGUCCGCCGAUCGUCUAAUCCGUCUCGAUGAUGCAAAUUGUCUCUAAACCUGGUCACACCACGGCGAUGCCUGCGUGAAGCUCCCCUUGCGUCAUUAUUAAUAUUUUUCCCCGCAGUGCAGAGAGACAUGGAUCCGUCCCGGAGGAGCGAGAGCGACUGGCAGGGGCUGCUCAACGAGUUCCUCAUUUGUAAGCGUAAGUUGGAGAGUAAAAAAGAAGCGCUCCUCAUUCUGUCCAAAGAGCUGGACACCUGCCAGCAGGAGAGGGAUCAGUACAAACUGAUGGCCAACCAGCUACGUGAGCGACACCAAGGACUCAAGAAGAAAUACAGGGAACUCAUAGAUGGAGAUCCUUCACUGCCUCCGGAGAAAAGGAAUCAAGUAAAUUUAGCACAGCUGCUGAGGGACUCCAGAGAGAAAAGCUGUCAACUUUCUGACGAGGUGAAGGAGCUGAAUCAACGACUGGUGGAAGCUCAAGGGGACAAUAAGCUUCUACGAAUGACAAUCACCAAACAGAGGCUGGGAGACGAGGAGGUCGGCACUCGCCACUUUCCUGCUCAUGAACGAGAGGAUCUGGUCAAACAGUUGGAACGAGCCGGAGAGCAGAACGAGGUCUUGGAGCAAAGCGCAAAGUCGCUCACAGAUGAGCUUCAGGACGUACGAGCAGAGCGGGACGUGUUUCAGCAGAAGGCCCAUCGACUCAAUGUGGAAAUGAACCACAUCCUCGGCAACGAUGAGAUACGCAUGUUGGACGUAGACGCGCUCUGCAUGGAGAACAGGUAUUUGCAUGAACGGUUCUGUCAACUUCAAGAAGAAGUCAACUUGCUCAAAGCAAACCUGGUGAAGUACAAGAGUGCUUUGGACUGCAGGAAAACCUCUAAAAUCUGUGGGAAACCCAACAGUAGUACGCUGACUGGGGUGCUCUCUGCUAAACAAGUGAAGGAGUUGUUGCUGUCUGAGGAAAACAGCUGCAGUUUGCCGGUGACUCCUCAGUCCAUUUCAGACCUCAAGUCGCUCGCCACAGCUCUGCUGGAAACCAUCCAUGAGAAGAACAUGGUGAUUCAGCACCAACGGCAAAUCAACAAGAUACUUGGAAAUCGAGUAGCAGAGUUGGAGAAGAAGCUAAAAACGUUAGAAAUGUCUGGAUUAUGGAGCCUGCCAGGCCUGACUUAUAAUGUGUCUCUGGGAAUAUUUGGAAGAGGAAAAGACGCUGUCGUCCUGAAUGCUCAGCAGGCUGAGACGAGGGAGGGUCUCGGGCAGGAAGGUGAUGAGCUUUCAGAAAAAAUAGUCGUAGUUCAGCAGAGCUCCACAGGAGUCCCGGUCCAAGAGAGCGGGCCGCCAGCGGGGUCGAGCGGUCCAGAGCAGCAGCUCCUCGAGGAGACGCCGCCACCGUCCAGCGAGGAGUCGCGCCAGCCGGCUCUCUCGGGCCAGUCAGCUGGGGAAGAGCCGGUCCGUCCUCAAACAGAACCACCAGACAGUGAAGAAGAAGAAGUGGAGUAUGCGAGUGAUUCCUCCUCCAAAGAGCGUCCGUCGGACCGGGGCCACACGGCGCGAACUGCGGAGGACUCUGAGCCCGCCGGAGGAAGAGAGGAGCAGUCGGAUGAAUGCACUGAAGGGGCGGAAACAGAGAUCAUUCUGACAGAGGCCAGCGUUAAUAGCACAAUGGACAUUGCUGCUUGCGCAGGUUCUGAUGAAGAGCAGAAGAACGUCCAAUCAAACCAGGAGGAGCAGCAGCUUCCAGAUGGGACAGAUGUUGUGUGUUAGUCAGGUCAAUGGUUGCCCAGCAUCGGGGGAAAUCAAUGUCUCGCUGUUGAGUUUUUUGUGAUUGACAGACGGCGUUAAUAAUGGAUGCCGACAGAUAUAUUUACCGCAAGUAUUAUCCAAACCAAUUAUUGGGAUUUUGCCUAAACAAUGUCCAAAACCAUUUGCGAUUGUUGUACAGAAAUGUGCUGCAAUAACAGUAAUGGAAUAGUUCUUCCACAGAUUGUUCAGAGAUUUAGUCCCAUUCAGGCAGAAGAGCUGUACUGAAGUUUGGCAACAAAACCUGGCUCAUAGUCCAGAUUAUCCACGAGGUGUUGUACAUUUUGAGGUCAGAACCUUGUGCACAUGAGUUCUUCCUCAUCAUUGUGGUGUUAAACUGUUACCCACCUGAAGCUUUGCAUUGUCUAGAGAUAGCGGCAGAAAAAUGGAUGAUAAAAGUAGAAAAAAAUGGCCAUUGCUGUGGACUCCAAAGAAACUAGGUCGGUUGCUUCGACCUCUGCUGACACAUCCGCCACCGAAGAAACCUUCCAGAUGCCAUCACACCGUCAGCAAAAGCUCAUCCUUCUAAUCUUAACUAAGUUGGAUAGAAGUAGCAGCUUUUUCACCGUCAUCUUUUUCUCAUUUGCAUUGUCCUAAAUUAUACUGAGACUUUCAGUUUUGAACACAUAUUUACACGUUUAAGUGAAACAAUAUAAAUGCUGCAUGAGUGUGUCUAGAUGUUGAUUAAAGACAAUUGCAAUUUCUUUAACACACAUGUUUAUUUCCAGGCUUCUUUUGGCAAAUAUUUUAAAGACAUAAGAAUUUGUCAGAUGGUGGUUAACAAACUAAAUGAAGGAAAAAUGUCCAGACAUUAGUCUCUAAACUACAAGAUCUACAUAACCAGCACUAUCGUCUUCGUCCUGUUUGUGGUGAAACAAAACUGACCAGCUAGAAACGACAUGGAGCCAUACAUAUUCAGGGUUUGCAAAAAUGUGAACAAAAACUUAUUUCUGAAUAAUAAAGAGUUUAACUACUG